AUGUGGUCAACGCGUCGUUGCGAAGCUGGGAAUAGACAUUCGGUUGUGGAAGUGAAGAACCAAUUGCAGGAACGAAGAGUGAUCACUUGGCGGAGCAAUUUCCGUAUGGUUGGAAGGCAAAAAUGGUGGGUAGACCAGCAGCAGGAGGUCGUUCUACGCAAGUACGAGAGGGAAACUGCUAGGAAGGGGGUUCUGUGUCAGAAAUGCUGCUCACCUGUCUUGACAGAUGGCCCAUGCGAGUGGACGAGACUGGCGCAGGAGGGUAAUCUGCUAUGA